AUGCAGGUCGUUCAUUCAGCACAUAUAGGAAUUGAGGGCUGUCUACGGAAAGUCAGAGAAUGUAUCUAUUGGCCAGGAAUGAACUCUGAUAUAAAGCAAUUCAUCUUAUGUGAAAUUUGUAAUAAAUUCCCUUGUGCUCAACAAAAGGAAACUUUAAUUAAACAUAAAAUUGCUGAUCGGCCAUGGCAAAAGGUUGGAGUUGAUCUAAUGAGUAUUGAAAAGCAUAAUUAUCUUAUAACUGUUGAUUACUUCAGCAAUUUUUGGGAAAUUGACUACCUAGAAAACACAUUAGCCAGUACAGUGAUUAGAAAACUUAAAUCUCAUUUUGCUAGGUAUGGAUUGCCCUGUGUAUUGAUUAGUGAUAAUGGACCCCAAUUUGUAAAUGAGAAUUUCAAACAGUUUGCAACUGAUUAUGAUUUCGAGCAUAGGACAAGUAGCCCUACAUAUGCCCAAUCUAAUGGUAUGGUCGAAUCUGCAGUGAAAACAUCUAAACGUUUAAUUAGAAAAGCUAUUGAAAGUAACAAAGAUCCCUAUCUAGCCAUUUUGGACCAUAGGAAUACUCCUACUAGUGAUAAAGACGCCAGCCCAUCACAGUAUAGCCUAGGAGAUAAUGUACAUCUUAAACCUUAUGUUUUGGGCAUAAAUGUCUGGGAAAAAGGAAAAGUUGUUGAACGAUUAGAUGAAAGGUCUUAUCUAAUUGAAAGUGAAGGCAAGCUAUUUAGAAGGAAUAGAGUUCAGAUGAAAGAAACCCCAAGUGAUGUGCAAAUGCCCAAGGUAAAUGAACAAGUAACUAUUGACUUUAUUGGUAAUGAAAUUGAAACUCCAGUCAAAGUGGAAAAUAAAGUUGAAAGUGACAGACAAACAAGGUCAACCAGAAAUAAUUUACCCUCUAAGUAUUCUGACUAUGAAAUGUAUUGA